AUGGCGUCACCGGCUGAACACUUCGACCUCCUUGCUCUAGGUAUUGGAGUGAACGUGAAACUACUAAUAGACAGACCGGAUGGCACAUACUGCUUUAGAGAGAAGAAAGACCGUGUCUAUUACAUAUCCGAACGCCUAUUACACUUAGCACAGACUGUGAAACCAGACAACUUAAUAGCAGCUGGAACUUGUUUUGGAAAAUUCACAAAGACUAACAAAUUUAGGUUGCAUAUUACUGCACUGACUUAUAUAGCACCGUACGCACCAUACAAAAUAUGGGUGAAGCCUUCAGCAGAACAACAGUUCUUGUAUGGACACCAUAUUAUUAAGAGUGGUCUUGGCCGCAUAACAGAGAACACACCGAAGCACCAUGGCGUAGUAGUCUACACAAUGUCUGACAUUCCUAUAGGCUUCGGAGUAGCUUCAAGGACUACGGCAGAAUGUAGGCAUGCUGACCCAUUAGCCACUAUUGUGUUCCAUCAAGCUGAUGUCGGAGAGUACAUUCGGUCUGAAGACACCCUUACAUAG